AUGAAGCGGCAGAACCUGCGCACGGCCGCGCUCAUCCUCUGCAUCUUCUCCUACCUGCUGGUGGGCGCCGCGGUCUUCGAUGCGUUGGAGUCGGAGGCGGAGAGCGGCCGCAAGCGGCUGCUGGAGCAGAAGCGCGGGGAGCUGCGGAGGAAGUACCGCUUCUCCGCCGACGAUUACCGGGAGCUGGAGCGGCUGGUGCUGCAGGCCGAGCCGCACCGCGCCGGCCGCCAGUGGAAGUUCGCCGGCUCCUUCUACUUCGCCAUCACUGUCAUCACCACCAUCGGUUAUGGGCAYGCUGCUCCGGGCACGGAUGCUGGCAAAGUCUUCUGCAUGUUCUACGCCAUCCUGGGCAUCCCCCUGACACUGGUCAUGUUCCAGAGCCUGGGGGAGCGCAUGAACACCGUGGUGCGGCUCCUGCUCAAGAARAUCAAGAAGUGUCUGGGCAUGAGGACAACCCAUGUCUCCAUGGAGAAYAUGGUCCUGGUGGGCUUUCUGUCCUGCAUGGGCACCCUGUGCAUCGGCGCCGCAGCCUUCUCUUAUUUCGAGGGCUGGACUUUCUUUCACGCCUAUUACUACUGCUUCAUAACCUUGACCACGAUUGGCUUUGGAGACUUUGUGGCUUUGCAGAAGAACGAGGCUUUGCAGAAGAAGCCCCCAUACGUGGCUUUCAGCUUCAUGUACAUCCUGGUGGGCCUGACGGUCAUCGGCGCCUUCCUCAACCUGGUGGUGCUGCGGUUCCUGACCAUGAACACGGAGGACGAGCGGCGGGACGCCGAGGAGCGAGCCUCGCUGAGGAGAGCCCGCAACAACAUCCACCUCAAGCCCAAAGAGGACAGCCGCAGCAGCAAUGCCAUUUUUCUCCCCGUGGAGGACAGGACGAGCCAGAUGAACCUGAUCCCGCUGGCGCAGGAGGACGCGGAGAGGCAGCGGCGCCAGUCGGCCACCUCGGCGGCCGCGGUGCCAUCCUUCUGCACGUGCCUGUGCUACAGACCCCAGGUGUGUGGCAGCCCAGCACCCUCCCACCCCGAGACCCUGAGCUGCCACACCAACCCUGUGUAUUACAACUCCAUUUCCUACAAAAUCGACGAGAUCUCCCUGAGCACACGGGGUCAGACCGGCUCUUCCCCGGGGAGCACUUUGUCUUCCARCAGCCCUCGCUGCCGGCAGCACCCCCGGCUGCGGAGGAAAUCCAUCUAGGAGCGCGUGCUGAGUGCUCCAGUCUUACUAUGAUGAUAAAUUAAGAACAGAGAAGUCAGGUUCUUCUUACUCAUUUCUUCUGUUCCUCUCCCUCCCCCCAGCAGGAGCCUCUAAAUCCUGUUGGGAAAUGAUUAUUCCCUUUUUGCAGGCACUGAAUGACAUUAUUCGUUUUUCUUGGCUUUUUCCUCCCCAGUAGGUUCGAGUAUUUGGGUUUGGCAAGAGCCCCCCACCCCGAUGUGAAGCCCAUUGACUCAUAGGUUUGCUUUCCCACCUCCCCGCUCCCCAAAGGGUGCACUGCUGCCGUCCCACCCUGUCAAACCUUGGCUGUGGCUGCUGCCAGCACGACUUUUGCUCCAUGGGUUGGGUUGCACUUGCUGAGUGUCAAAAGCAAAGCCUGUGUGAACAAGCCCUGCAGGGUUGGGGGCCUUUAAGCUGUCCCCUGAUACCAGGGGCAGGUAAGUCACACAGUAGGUUUGCAGCUGGUGGGUGGGCAGAAGAGAA